AACAUUCGUCGAACGUGUGUUUCACUGUAAAGUUACUUAUUUUUCAUCCAUUCACAUUUAUUUCUCUCUUCGACAAUCAAUUUCUUGUUGAUAUAUCAUUUUACUCGUCUCACUCUAUCAGCGAUUUUUUGAUAAAUCUGGUUGAAGUGUUUUCCUACAAUUUCUUGAGAGUGAGACUUAAUCCCUAUACCUUAUUGGGAUUAUCGAUGUGGGAUAUUUGCAUAAAUCAAUGGGAUAGAGAUUACAGUGAUAUGACUCCCAAUGAAAAUUGACAUCAAUCUGUGGAACUAGUAAACUUUUAUCUUCAAUCUGUGCUUGAGAAUAUCUCGGUUGAGUGUUUAAAAGUGUGACUGGGGACAUUGAGGAAGAAAAAAGGAUUAAAUCAUGUUUGAAGGAAGGUAGAGAGGCACGAAGGAAGUAAUUGAGAAUGUGACUUUAUUUACUGUGAAGUUCUUUUCUGUUGUUCGCGAGUUUAUCAUCGUGAAUCUUCUAUAAUCUCUGUCUCUAUUUCUCAACGUGAAACAGAAGGAACUCCCCAUCAUUAUUAUUUUCCACCCAGGAUUUUUUAAAUAAAGAAAACAGAAAAUAAAAGGAAAAACUUCAGACUCUCCAAGUGCAUUUUCUGCAAGAGAAUCAGAAGAGAGACUUGUUCCACAUCACAGAAUAAUACUCUUGGACUUUUUAUGCUGUAUUGGCUGAGAGGAUUUCUAUUUUUCGAUUCCUACCACAAACUUCCGCCACCCAUCAUGAAACUGUCCGAGAGCAAGUCCGAGGCGGCAAUUAUGCAGCGGAGAAACAGUGUCAUGUAUAGAGAUUCAACGGCGAGUUCGGCGGCACAAGCCACCGGAGGAGUACUACAUAGGAUCCCGGACAUCAAUGUGCCGAUGAUGAAGAUCUCAGAUGAAUAUGACAUUGAGAAGACCAUCUCGGAGGGAUGUUUCGCCAAGAUCUUCCUCACAAACCACCGACCCACCAAUACAACUGUUGUACUAAAGGCCUGCCAUGUGGAACUCAUGACGCUCAAAGACUUCAUCCGCGAGUACCACUACACCUACCAACUCUCACAUCAUCCUAACAUUCUCAGCUGCUAUCAGGUCGCUUUCCAGACGGACUCUUACUAUGUGUUCGCCCAGGAAUAUGCUCCUUUUGGUGAUCUCGCUGCCCACCUCUGUCCUGGUGGUCUUCCUGAACUCUUCUGCAAAUCCAUUGCAACUCAACUGAGUGCGGCUUUGGGAUUCAUGCACAGCAAAAGCCUUGUGCAUCGAGACCUGAAGCUGGAAAAUGUUCUGGUCUUUGCUCCUGACUUCUCAAGGAUUAAACUGUGUGAUUUUGGGGCCACAACCCGGGAAGGGACUCUCGUGAGCAAGGGAAGGCACACAUGGAUUGCCUUCCUGCCGCCUGAAGUCCUGGAAAUUGUGAAGAAUGAAAGGUUCAUCUGCAAGACCUCAUCAGACUGCUGGCAAUUUGGUAUUCUGCUCUUCUCCUGCUUGACUGGAAAUGUUCCAUGGGAAUCUGCAGACUGGGUGCGUGAUUCCAACUAUUCUUCCUUUGUAAAGUAUCAGAAGAAGAAGUCAACGGCAGUUCCUGAGAACUUCCGACGCUUCACUCCACGACUUGUCCGAGCGUUCCGGAAGAUUUUGGAUCCAGAUGCUGAGAAACGGGCUAAAGUGACGGAAAUCAUGAAGUACAUGAAGAAUAAGUGGAUUGAUACGAAGGUUGUGGUGUCCAAGUCAGCAGGUAAUCUCGGGGGAGGUCUUUCGGAUGCUGAUUCCGUCUGUGUCUACCUCAAUCAGAAGGACAGUCGCCCAUCGUUGGACGAGAACAAGACUCGCAAACGCCUCAUGAGCAGCUAUGGUCUCCCCGAGCAAACUCAGGCGGAUCAAUCGGCACUGAGGAAUAGGAUCUGGGAAUGGGUACUAUCCUGCGAACAGACCUACGAUUCAGAAAUUGAGGGCUUCUAAAGGUGGGCUCUAGAAAUUUCAGGCCAAAACACUGCAUUUCAGCAUCGUUCAGGAUUUGCGUAAGGAAUUUAGGAACCCCAUAAAGUAAAUCUAAUUGAAUCCUAAAAGAGAACUCAGUUCUUCAAACUCAGUUUUGAGCUCAGGCUUAGAAUAAGGAUCUUCUCAGAAUAUCAGUUACAUUUCUAAGGUGCCAAUUACUGUGGAAGCACUUAAGCACCUUUGUAAAACUCUUAGAGUUUGCACCUUCUUUUGCACUUUAGGAAAUAAGUUUUUUGACAGGACUUUACUGCAGUUUGUUAGCUGAGAGGUGGGAAAUGAUCUCAUGACUAAGCUCCGCCCAUAAAUUAAAAGACACGCCCCUUUUAGCGGUUAAAAGUUUGAAUUCUUAGUAAUUUAAAUAAAGUCAGUUGCAUGAAUUCGGGAUUCUUUUUUUUUAAUCGAAUUCGGAAAUGCUUAGAAAUUUAUUUUGUUUUUUUUUUAAAUUUUUUUUCUGCUAACUUUUUAUUUAUUUAUUUUUUUUAAUUUUUGUUUUACUUUUCUUAUCAAAAUUGAAAAAUAGGUGAUCCUUCUAUUGUGAAUAAAUAUUUUAAAAUAGUGAUAAUAAAAAAUAAUAAUAAUAAACAUCAAUGAAGAUCGGAAAAAUUGAAAAAUUGACCACGCCCCCUUAGAACUUUAAAUGUUAAAAAAAAAUAAAAAAAACGCAUUUUUAAUAGAAAUUCUCUUCUUAAUAUAUUUUUUAAUAUAAAUUCCUUAAUGUGUUUUUAAUGCAAUGUGAAGAUGGUCAAAACUGGCUACUAAAGGGGGCGUGGCCUAAAUUUAUUUAUGGGCGAAACCUUAUCAAAAGGUUCUACAUAAGCUCCCCUUGCGAAAAGCAAUAUUGCAGUAAAGUUAAGAAGUCUCACCAUUCAUUUUGGAAUAGAAAUAGGAGUCCACAAGUUGCCAAAUUUUGGGAAGACUUACCUAAAAAAAACCCUAACAAUCAAUUCCACAAAAGUUACUCAAAUUUUCACAGAUUCCCCAUCAAAUUUUUCACAAACACUGAGACUGUUUGAGUCGAAUUUAUUUGAAAAAGAAGAGCCCCAAUAGAAAAACAGUAGUUUUUCCCACAUUUUUCAUUUUUAUUUGGAAGAUAAAAGAGAGGAGAAAAAAACAGCCAGAUACACGCAUUUUCCCCACAUUGUCACUAUUUUCAAUUCGAUAAUGAAUUGGGUGUAAUAAAAGCGGAGUCAUUAAAAGAAGAAGAGAAAAAAAACAUUAAACUUCAAUUAUUCAAAAGCAAGAAGAAAAAAAAAUAAGAGAUUUUAGAUGAAGUGUUAUUUAGGAGUGUAAAGAAAAAACAAACACAUCACUUGGACUUUUUAAUUAUACCCCAAAGGAAUAGUCUUUUAGUGAGAGAGAGCAAAAAGUAAAAGAAAUAUAAAAGAAAUCUAUACAAAAAUACACUCGAUAUAAUUAAUUUGAUGAUGCUAUUUAUAAUGAAGAAAACACACAAUUUUAACACUUCAGAGUGAAUUUUAUGGCAAAGAACAAGUCUUUUUUAUCCACCGUAGCACUUUUUUCUACACACGCGCCUCCUCCCAACCCCCUGAAAAAAAAAUUAUAUAUAUAUGUCUUAUUUAUUAUUUUAAGGCCUGUGACUGUAGAUGAACCAAUAAAGUAGCUGAAAAAGAAAUCAUAUUAGAGUGACAGGAACAGUCACUACAAAUCACCCAAAAAUAACCAUUUGACAAUAAAUAUGAGAAGAAAUAAUCUAACGUAGAGGUGAAUUAAUUCGAUGUGUUAUUAUGUCAUUAGAAUGGUGAUGAAGCAAAAUUUUAACCCUCAAUUUCCUCUCUGGAUCGUUUUCGAUUCAAAGUGGGAUGAAUUUCGAAAAAAGAAACGACGAAUUUGCACUUUAAAGAAAGUUUUCUAGUAAAACAUAAUUUUAGAACAUUUUAGAACAUUUUAGAACAUGCGAACUUCAUGUGCUCAUCGCUUGUGGCGCCUGUGUUGCGUUGUUUUUAGAACAGA